AUGGUACAAGGCGUGAAGAUCCACUCAAAAGUCGCAGCCCAGGCACAGGCCGAGCUGUUCACCGACGAGGCACUCAAAUUCCUCGCAGCGCUGCACCGGACGUUCGAGGCGACCCGCCAGUCGCUCCUCGUCGCCCGAGAGGACGCCCAGCGCCGAUUCGACUCUGGCGUUCCCCUCGACUUCCCCCCGGAGACCGCCCACAUCCGUGCUGAGCCGUCAUGGCACUGUGCGCCGCCCGCCCCAGGUCUCGAGGACCGUCGCGUCGAGAUCACCGGCCCCACCGACAGGAAGAUGGUCAUCAACGCGCUGAACAGCGGUGCGAAGACGUUCAUGGCUGAUUUCGAAGGCAUAUUCGAGCUCGCCCACGUUCGCCAACAUGGUCAACGGCCAGAUCAACCUCCGCGACGCUAUAGGAGGCAGAUUGACUUUGAGACGGGAGGAAAGAAGUACAAGCUCUCUGAGAACCCGGCGGCGCUCAUUGUUCGCCCGCGAGGAUGGCAUCUCGACGAACCCCGCGUCAGCAUCGACAACCAGCCAGUCUCCGGCUCGCUGUUCGAUUUCGGCCUAUACUUCUUCCACAACGCCAAGGAACUGGUGAAGCGUGGAUCCGGACCCUACUUCUAUCUCCCCAAGAUGGAGCACUACCUGGAAGCGCGCCUCUGGAAUGACGUCUUCGUCUUCUCCCAAUCCUACAUCGGAAUGCCCCACAACACCAUCCGCGCCACCGUCCUCAUCGAGACACUCCCUGCUGCUUUCCAAAUGGAGGAGAUACUGUUCGAGCUCAGGAAUCACUCUUCUGGGCUUAACUGUGGACGAUGGGACUACAUCUUCUCCUUCAUCAAAAAGCGCCGGGCCGAUCGCAGCGCUGUCCUGCCAGACCGCAAGGAUGUCACGAUGACCGUUCCGUUCAUGGACGCCUAUGUUCGUCUCCUCAUCCAGACUUGCCAUAAGCGAAAGGUCGCUGCUAUGGGUGGCAUGUCUGCCCAGAUCCCCAUCAAAGACGACCCUGCCGCCAACGAGGUGGCGAUGAACAAGGUCCGCGCCGACAAACUUCGCGAGGUCACCGCCGGACACGACGGUACCUGGAUCGCUCACCCACUCAUCAACAAGAUCGCCCGCGAGGUGUUCGACGAGCACAUGCUUGGGCCCAACCAGUACUACAAACUUCGCACCGAGGUCCGGACGACUGCCGCCGACCUGCUGAGCACGAGCGUCCCAGGCAAGAUUACAGCAGAGGGCGUGCGCGAGAAUGUGGAGACGUGCCUGGCGUACACCGCCGCAUGGGUGGGCGGGAACGGGUGCAUCCCCCUCAACUACCUCAUGGAGGACGCGGCGACGGCGGAGAUCACGCGCGUGCAGCUCUGGCAGUGGGUACACUACGGUCUGCGCGUCGCGGACACUGGCCGCCCCAUCACGGCUGAGUAUGUCGACGAGCUCAUCAAGGAGAUCGCACCCCGCCUAGGCAAGAUUGUCGCCGGCCUCAAGCAGGAGAACGUCGAAAUUGCCGUCGAGUAUUUGAAGGGACAGGUGAGGAAGGCAUGGCCGAGCGAGUUCUUGACAAGCGACUUGAUGGGAUGGCUUGCUGUGAGGGAUGGCGUCGAGGCUGGUCUCCAGCGCGCGGUUUUGUAG